AUGGAGCUGAAAAAGAAAUUGUUGGAAACAAGAAACAUCACUUUGGAUGCGGUUCUCGAAAAAGCAAGAGCUUUCGAAGCAGCCAAACAACAAAUGCAGUGCAUGAUGGCUGGAACGAGUGUUAAUGCCAUCGGAAAGAGAGAAGAAAAGGCUGGGGACCAGUCAGGAAAAACAUGUUUCAGUUUUGGGAAGAAGGGAUAUUUCACUCAGGAUUCGUGCUGUCCAGCAAAAGGAAGAAAGUUUGCUGCAGAGUGUUAAAAACAAGGACAUUUUUCUUCUUGUUGCAAAGGAAAUCGUUCUUCGUUAGAAAGUGGUAAAGACAGCCAACAGAGAAAAGCUAGCAAUGGCAAAAAAGGAGCUGGAAGACAAACAAACCAAGUGGGAGGUUACUCUGAGGAAGACGAGCAUGUCAGUUGCGAGUAAAGGAAUCCAGCAUUUGCACUUGCUGUAAUGGAGGAAGCACUCGAGGAGGUGUGUAUGGUGUCGAUUUUAAGCAAGUCUAUGAUGAAUGUGAGUAUCGAUGGUUUUGUUCAGGAAAUGUUAACGGAUUCAGGGUCAGUGAGUAAUUUGAGGGGGGAGGAGGAUUUCUUUAAAUUGAAGGGAUUAAGUUUAAAGGGAAAGGUUGAACAUUGCUCAAAGAAACUGUUUGCUUAUGGAGAAAGCAAAUUGAUGUGA